UAUAAUCUGUGGGUUAUCUGUGGUUUUAUGACAUGAUACAUUUGAAAUCGAAGUACAGAAAUGUAUAAAUUUUUUUGAAAAUGAUAGAGUUUUAUGGAUUUUUUGAAGACGACAACGAUUUAUCAAAGACAAGUUUUUCAGUGUUCGUAGCUAUUUUAUACAUCAAAGUUCUGUAUAUCCUUAUCAUGACAUUAUAUGUCCUCUCCAGAUACAAUGAAAUCGUAUCGUAAUUUUGGCUAACAUGUUUACUACAUUACAUCCAAGUGAAUUGGGGAAAUCCUGGAUACUAGGAAGAAACGCAGAAAGAGUUUUAAUUGGAAAGGAUAAUACACUACCUUUGACAAAUUAUCAUCUUAUUGCAAUUGAUUUUUUGUAUGAGAAUUUUGUGAAAAAAUUUAAGGGCUCAAUUAUAAAUACUGAGGAUGGAUUGGACAUACAGUUCCAAAUAUCACUAUUCAUGAAAGCAAUACGAAAAUUACAUAGAGAUAAGUAUAUCGUUUUGGUAUUGACUCCUGACCAUCUUUUAAUAAAAUGGCAUUAUCAUUUAACGCUUGAUGGAGAGUUUACAGUAAAAGUUAUCAGUAAAAAUGAUGAUGCCAGGGCCUUAAUGGAGUCAAACAAGAUAGCCAUUUUAUUGCCUUUCUCUAACAUCAGAGCAGCCAAGUCCCUAUUAGAUUAUGAUUACUCGAUAGUAGUUGUAGAUCACCUUGAUGAGGUAGCGAAGAAGUUGAUUUUAAGGAACAUUUUUGGUGGAUUCAACAUAGGUUUAACAGAGCAGAACUUCUAUCUAAAACCUGACCAAAAGUUACAGUGGUCCAUGUUGAACUGGGCGAAUCCAGGCUGUGUUGGAAAAUUGGCUGAUUUCUAUGAUAUCGAUAACGAUAAUUUUGCCAACUUUCGAAACAACUAUAGAUUCUGGUGGCUAAGAUUAACUUGGUGUUCUUGUGAUUCUUUUGAAAGAAAAACUGAUGAUGAAAUAGAGAAUUAUAACAAAUUAUUGGCAAAUUGGGCAUCUUCUAAAAAGCUGCUUGUAUAUCAAAACCAGGAUAAGAAAAACAUUAAAAGGUGUAAGGCUUCAGAGGAUGAUAAAAAGACUGACGAAAAUGACGCUGACAACCAAAGAAAGGCAAAAGGAACUGAAAAAUCCAGACUCAAAAAGAUCAAUAUAUCAGAGAAUAGUAUUGAUUGUGCUUUCAGAAGGAAGAGCGUGAAGGGAAAUAAUCUGGAUAUUUUACUGCAUACAACAACACUGGAGAAAGAAAAUGAGGCUAGUCAACCUGGAUCAGGUAACAUUUAUUCCAACGAGCAUGCAAGGAUUGAAAACAAGUCAGAUAUUUCUUGUAGCCAAAGUUCGCAAAAAUUUUCGACUUUUGUUAGUGAAAAUCAGAGAUCAGAAUAUGUUGAAAGAAAUCAACCUAAAUGCACAGAUCAUUUACAAGACAUAGAAAGUAUUCAAAAAAUAAAAAGUGAAUCAGUUUGCAUGUAUAAGGAGCCAAUUUUGAGUUUUUUAAUGGAUAUUGAUGAAACAGAACAAAAUUCAAACACUCAUAAUGUUAGCACAGAACACUGUGAACGAGAAAUAAGUUUGGACGAGCAUAAUGAUGAUGACCAUAGGUUUUUUAGAUCUAUCAUCAAUGAUACUGGUUCAGAAACCACAUCUGUGGUACAACAGGAUAGUGAUUUAUUUUAUAAGAAGGAGGAAAUUUUAUCGCAGAUUUAUGACACUGAUGUGAAAACGUUAGAUAAUGGAAAUGAUUUUUUUUCAAAUUUUAUUGAUUCCUGAGAAUUUUUCUUUAUAAAAUGUGAGAGCCAUUCGGAUAUUUUUAAAGCAUUUUUGCGCCCCAAAAUUAGAUCGGCACACAUUGUGAUUUCAAAGAGAUUUGGUAAUAUUUUCCAAGACAGAAUUAUAUUUUUAUUCGAUGAAUAAAACGGCAUCAUGGAAGAGACCUUUGAGGAGCAAAGCUCGUUGGUGUAGCGGUAGAAGAGAGCUAGAUCGCCGACGGCCCGCUGGUGCGAAAGGGUCCCGAAACUGUCUGUUAGAAAAGGGUCAUCGAUCAGUCGGACAGCUCUCCUCUGGAUAGCAUCGAGCAUACAUAAUAAUGUUGUCCGCGACAGCACCUCAAACGUGUGAGCAAUACUCGCGGCUAGGCCUUAUCUGGGCCUUGUAUAGACUGAGAAGGUCAUGCGGAGAAAAGUACUUCAGGCCCUAAAUAAAUAUCCUAGCUUUUUCCUAGCAGCUGCCGCUAUUGACGAGAUGUGUUCGAGCCAAAUCAUGUCCUCGGUGAUCUGGACUCCGACCAGCCGAAAUGAACGGCUGUUUGGCAGAACUCGGCUAUCCAUCGAAACGGGGUGAGCGCUAGGACGCUUUUUAUUCGUCAAGGUACAGUACUGUGUUUUGGAAGCAUUAAACUGUACAAGAUUGUUGAGUCCCCAAGCAGUUAUAACCUCCAGGUUUCUCGUCAGAGAGGAUGUCGUCACUAGUCUUCUUUUUUCCAGCUCUUGUGAGUGGAUCAUUAACGAUCCUCCACUGCGACGCUCUGUCUACUUGGCAUUGACGGAUCUGUCAGAAUUAUGUGUCCUUUGCCGAUAUGGGGAAUUUUGAAAUAUUACUAGAUAAUCAGCUGUCAUUCUACCGUAAGGGGCACUCUUGAAAAAGGUUAUAGGUUUUUCGGAAGUUUGAGGGCUGAAGAUUUGCAAAAGAAUAUGCAGCGAGCUUUUAUUGGAAAAUAAAUUCUCACUUCCCAAGUUAAGAGAAAAAAUAAUCCGGACAGUAUCUUCGCAUUUUAAUGAAUCUGCAUGUUUUUUGGGCAAAAUUUGCAUCAACAUUUUUUCAAGACACUCUGAAAAUUAUUUUUCUCUUUCCAAUGAAAGUGUGUUUUAAGUUUUUUGGGGUGAUUUAGAACUACGUAGAACCCUGAUUAUCCGAAAUAAUGUGGACCCAAGUGCUUUCUGAUAAUCGAAAUUUUGGAUAAAAUGGAAUUAAACAUUUAGGUUCGUAAUGCUUUUAUUGAAAAAAGUAAAUGCGUGUGUUAAUUGAGUAUAUACCCAUGUUAGGUUACGUAAAAUAUAAACAUAUGAAUACAAAUAUCCUAUACAAAUUUACGAGUAUUUAGUAACAAAGUGAGUAAUUUUUAACUGUACACGUUUUGCAUUGUUCCUAUUUUUGGCAGCAAAUCGCCUCUAUCUGAGCGUCUGAUUGCCUCAAGUUUCUGUUCUAUGGUAAUAACAACGCGUUUACGUUUAUUUCUAAGCUGCUCCAUCUUAGCGAUUAUGAACCUGACUGAAACAAACAUACACGCACACAUACCACUGAAUUCCGCAAACGAGCUUGGGGAAUCAGAACUUCGGUUAAAACGGAGAAAUUAUUGUAUGCGAUCCGUUUCGGAUAAAACGGAUUUCAGAUAAUCGGGGUUCUACUGUAUAUUCUAAACUAGAUAGUUUUCGAGGUAUCAGAGACACGAAAUUUGACACAACUUUAUGAAAUAACGAAAAUUUCAGUGUUGCCAAUGUUUCUAAAUUUAGUAUUCUUCAAACAUCCAUUAAUAAAAUCUCAAAGCAUUUCCGGACGAAUUAUUAUUGUAAACCUUUGUGUUUUUAUUGUUAACUGAUCACGCGCUCAAUGUUGUGCCUCUGAUAUCUCGAAAACUAUCGCUGGAGCACUUUUUUGUUCAGAAUCAAUAUAUUUGAAAUUUGUUAGAAAAUAUUGUUUAGAAAAGUUUUCACGCAAAUUUGGGCCUGGCAACAUGCAGAUUCAUUAAAAGGGGCCCUUUUUGAAUGAGGUUAUGCAAAAAAUCCGAAACGGAAUAUUUUCCCAUCAUAUGCGAAGAUAUUUCCCGGACUAUAUUGAUUGACAGAAACGUCCGAUCCUACACGCUCAUUGGAUCUUAACAUCAAGAAAUAAAUGUCCCUUAUAAUUUCAGGGUGCAUUCAAAAACUGAUUCGAGUAUUCAACUUUUUUAGAACUGUUAAUCCUUAAUGAGUCUAAAAGUUUUAAAUCUACAAUAGUCUCUUAUGGUGUCACCGUUUCUUAAAAAAAUAAUGGUGGUGUUCCGCCGGAUUUUAUAUACUCACUAAUUUUGGGUUAAUUUUAUUUGUGGAAGUAUUUGAGAUGAUUAUUUUUUGUAACUAUAUGUAUUGUAUGUAGACACUUCACAUGUGUAACCUUGGAAAAUUCUAAGUGAUAAUCAUUCUGUGCAUGUUUUAUUUCGAAUAUUGUUCUUCUAUGAGAAUUACGUUUUGGCUUAUAUUGAAAAUGAAAUCAUGAAGUGUAUUAAUUGUGUAAUCGAUAUUUAUAAAUAUUGUAUCGAUUUUUUUAAUCCAGCCUCUUCAAUCGCGAAAGAUUGGAUGUUUAGUAUUGUAUACUAAAACUUAGUUCUUAUACAAAAACAAGUGUUUUCUUGGUACAAUAUCAACAAGUAUCAAAGAUUGCGACCAGACAGUUAACAAAGAUGGAUGAACCUAUUAUUCUGUGCCUGUUAUAGGGGCGACUAUUUUAUCCACAUAAGAUGUUGAUUUACUUCUACUGUAAUUGUAAAUAUUUUAAAAUGAUUUUCAACUGGUAAUUGUAUUGUAGUACUAUUAUUAUUUUAAUACAUUUAUAUUUUAUCAAUAAACAUUGUUAUCUUUAGGAUUUUUUCUCUUUGUGCUUGGAGAAAUUAUUAAGAUAUAUUAUUGAAUAGGCGUAGGUAUGCAGACGAAAAUUAAAUAUGACAAUUUUAAUUUUUUUAGUGCGAUUUUACUGUCCAAAGUCUAAUUUAUCACUUUUACACUAAUUCACAACACGUGUACUAAUUUAUGAAAUUUAUAACCUUGUUGACGACUACGGCAUUCCACGUUUUUUGACUGUCUCGACUGUGGCUAAUUGCUUCCGCCAUCUGGUCGGAUAUUUGUCUGGUGAAUUGACGAUUCCCAAAGCUGAAGAGCAGCCAGUACAAAACGAGAUCACAAGUGUCCAUCAGCUAGUUCUAAGUUUACAUCUUGUAGAAAAACCUUCGUUAUAUCAAAAAACCGCCAUUAUGUCACUUUUCAAGAUAGAAAAUACCCGCUGAGCAGGGUAAUUACGUGAAAAAAUGUCAAAAAACGAGAAAAUGUCAACUUAAUGACUAGAUACCUGCUAGUAUCUACAUCUAUGGAGGAAUUACUCAACGGCAUGCCAGCGUGCUUUGUAGGUUGCAGAAUUCCGUGAUAGGUUGUAGAGUAUGUAUCUCUGAGAUGCUAUGAAAGAAAAUUAGUUGAGUAGCAAAAUCGCAUCUGGAUGAUUUUGUGGUGAUUGUUUAUAUUAGUCUGCAUGUCGUCGAUGAAACCAGAAAAAUGUGUAUCUCCUCUAACACUGAUUUUACAGGAGACCAAUAAAACAUUGUGUUUCUGAACCGGUUAUUAAAAAUUAGUUAUUAUUGUGUUUGUUGUUGGCGAUUAGACAUAACAUGUAUAUAAAAUACAUAGUUUUUUAUUUUUUUUGUGCGUUGACAUUUUUCUUGGAGAUUCACAUAUUUCUAUUUAAUGAAUGACACAAAAUAGUAGAUACACAAGUUGCGUGACAUUAACACAUGGUGAACAGAU